CCGGCUCGGCGGCUCGGUGCAGCCCGCGCGGCCCCCGCCCUCGGACCCGCCCCCGGGGGUCGCCCGGCCCCAUGCCCUGCAGCGGCGGCGGAGCAACGCGCGGCCACGGGCGGCUCUGAAGAGCCCGGAGGGAGCCGGCGACGAGGGGACCAUGUACCGGGACCCGGAGGCGGCCAGCCCAGGGGCGCCCACCCGCGAUGUCCUGCUGGUCUCUGCCAUCAUCACCGUCAGCCUUAGCGUCACUGUCGUCCUCUGCGGCCUCUGCCACUGGUGUCAGCGCAAACUGGGCAAACGCUACAAGAACUCCUUGGAGACGGUGGGCACGCCAGACUCAGGGCGUGGGCGCAGUGAGAAGAAGGCCAUCAAUGAUCUAGACAGAGACUUUUGGAAUAACAAUGAGAGCACAGUGCAGCAGAAAUGGAGCUCCUACCCUCCCAAGGAGUUUAUUCUAAACAUUUCACCCUACGCCCCUUAUGGCGACCCACGACUGUCCCUCAAUGGCACCCUCCUGGCUGGCGCCAAAGUGGCCGCCGCUGCGGGGCUGGCAGUGGAGCGGGAAGGCCGGCUGGGGGAGAAGCCGGCGCCGGUGCUGCCACCCGGAGAGGACGCCUUGAGAAGCGGCGGCGCUGCCCCCCGCGAGCCGGGCAGCGGUGGCAAGGCGGGGAGAGGCCGCUGGCGGAUGGUGCAGAGCCACCUGGCCGCCGGGAAGCUCAACUUGUCCAAUUUCGAGGACUCCACUCUGUCCACGACCACUACCCUUGAGUCUAUCCCCAGUUCCACGGGAGAGCCGAAAUGCCAGCGACCCUGCACUCUGACGCGGCAGCAGAGCCUGCAGCAGCCGCUGAGCCAGCACCAGCGGGGCCGGCAGACCAGCCAGCCCACCACCAGCCAGAGCCUGGGCCAGCUGCAGGCCCACGUGGCCUCGGUGCCGGGCCCCAACUCUCGGGCCUACGGCCGGGGCCAGGCUCGGCAGGGCUCCUCGGCCGGCUCCAAGUACCGGCCGGCCGGCGGCCGCAGCCGCUCCAACCCAGGCAGCUGGGACCACGUGGUGGGGCAGAUUCGAAACCGAGGCUUGGACAUGAAAUCCUUCCUGGAAGGCCGGAUGGUGGUGCUAUCCUUGGUCUUAGGGCUUUCGGAACAGGAUGACUUUGCCAAUAUCCCUGACCUGCAAAACCCAGGAACCCAGCAGAACCAGAACGCUCAGGGGGACAAGAGGUUGCCUACCGGAGGGAAGGCAGUGAACACAGCCCCAGUGCCGGGCCAGACGCCCCACGAUGAGUCUGACCGCCGGACCGAGCCCCGCUCCUCCGUCUCAGAUCUCGUCAACUCCCUCACCAGUGAGAUGCUCAUGCUCUCCCCAGGCUCUGAGGAGGACGAGGUCCACGAGGGCUGCAGCCGAGAGAACCUGGGCCGGAUCCAGUUCAGUGUCGGCUACAACUUCCAGGAGUCCACGCUCACCGUGAAGAUCAUGAAGGCCCAGGAGCUGCCAGCCAAGGACUUCAGCGGCACCAGCGACCCCUUCGUCAAGAUCUACCUGCUGCCAGACAAGAAGCACAAGCUGGAGACCAAGGUGAAGCGGAAGAACCUGAACCCCCACUGGAACGAGACCUUCCUCUUUGAAGGUUUCCCCUACGAGAAGGUGGUGCAGAGGGUCCUCUACCUCCAGGUCCUGGACUACGACCGCUUCAGCCGCAAUGACCCCAUCGGGGAGGUGUCCAUCCCCCUCAACAAGGUGGACCUGACCCAGAUGCAGACCUUCUGGAAGGAUCUGAAGCCAUGCAGCGAUGGGAGUGGGAGCCGAGGGGAGUUGCUCCUGUCUCUCUGCUACAACCCCUCUGCCAACUCCAUCAUCGUGAACAUCAUCAAAGCCCGGAACCUCAAAGCCAUGGACAUCGGGGGCACGUCAGACCCCUACGUGAAGGUGUGGCUAAUGUACAAGGACAAGCGGGUGGAGAAGAAGAAGACGGUGACAAUGAAGAGGAACCUGAACCCCAUCUUCAACGAGUCCUUUGCCUUCGACAUCCCUACGGAGAAGCUGAGGGAGACGACCAUCAUCAUCACCGUCAUGGACAAGGACAAGCUCAGCCGCAACGACGUCAUUGGCAAGAUCUACCUGUCCUGGAAGAGUGGGCCCGGGGAGGUGAAACACUGGAAGGACAUGAUUGCCCGUCCCCGGCAGCCUGUGGCUCAGUGGCACCAGCUGAAGGCCUGAAUGGGGCCAAGGGAGGCCCAGGGGCCAAGGGCCUGGGUCCCCAUCAUACCCUCACCACUUUAUGCACAAUGCCUGGCCUGGCCCCCCUGCCAUGGGUGAGGGAAGGAUCCUGAGGGCUCGGCCAGGGAGGGGUCCCAGGAAUCCAGCCCCAUUUCUAGGGAGAACCAGCCCCAUUCCCCACCGGUCCAGCUCUGGGGGAGGGGCUCUGGGAGCCAUUUUCCUGCUUUGCCCCUUUCCUUCCUGACUUGCCGAUACUAAAGAAGUGGGGGGCGGAGCACGAGAGCCAGACGGGCAGACGAGCAGAUCCCUCCAGAGGCCCGCCAGGUGGGCACGGUCCCCCGUUUUCUUUAAGGCAGUGCCUGGAGUGGAGAAAGGCCGCCCCCUCCCCAGCCCCCAACGUGGGCCCAGGAGAGGGGAGGUCGAGGCGUUUGGCCCCGGCCCGACCAAGAGAGGCCUGUUCCAGGGCAGUUUCAGGUGCCGGCUGGGCCCUGAAUGCCGAGGAUAGUAUAUAGCCCGCUCCGGGGUCCUGGAGCCGCAGCCCUGUGUACUUGUGUUGUGUUCACCGUGUGUGUGUACGUGUGCGUGCGUGCGUGCGUGUGUGCGGGUGGGAAAACUCGCUCCCUGUUUCCCUGGGGCCCGCAGUGCUGAAGACGAUGCAGAGAGGGCAGGGUUUCGUGAAGUGAGGUAGGGCUGGAGGCUGAGAAGUCAAUGCACAGAGCCAGGGGGUGGGAGAGGAGAGGCAGGGAUGGAUGCAGGGUGGGGUGGGCAAGAGGGGGCAGACAGGAGCUGGGCUGAGAGCUGGGCUGCCUCCUUCUCCCCCACCCCCGCCGCCCCAGAACUCUCCACUAGCUCCUUCCCCAGCGAUUUCGUCUCUUGAACAUCAGUUCAUGCCUUUCAGGCACCUACUGUGUGUAUCGCAUUCCACCAGGACUCCCCUGCUCCCUUCUGUCUCAGGGGUCCCAAGCCCCCACUAGCUCUCUUCCCUAACACCCUCAUCCAAAGGCACCCUCAGCCUUCCCAGAUGUUGUAUCCCAGCCACGUUGGCAACGUUUGCCACGCCUUCCAGCUUCCUUCCCUUUCCUCGUCUCUGUGCAGACCUCCCCACCCACACACCUCCACCCCUCCAUCCCCUGUGCUCAUAGACCUUCCCUUUCAUCCCGUCGUGGUCUCUGAUCUUCCAUCACUUGACCUUCUCCAGGGCUUUCCUUUCACCUUUCCCACAGCUCCUGGUCCCUCAGAGCAGCUCCUUCUGCCCCUCUCCGUUCAGGCAGAGGCAGCAGGGAGCAUUCCAGGAUUCUGUGAGUUUUGAGGUUGCCCCCACACAAAGAAGCUGUGGUUCCUCUGCCUCAGCUACUGCAGAGGCGAGAACUGGCAUCCCCUUGGAGGCAGCAGAUUUCGGGAUGAUCCCUGCUUAAGCCCACUCACCCCCAUGCCGGUCCUGGUAUUGAUGCAAGACAGCUGGUGACAGCCUCAAAUCCAGGGGUCCGCGAGCCUGGGCCUGACAUUCCUGGCACACACCGCGAGGUGGCGCCCUGACACUACAGUCUGUGGACGAGGUCUGGGAGCACAGUGCAACCCCAGAUGGGUCUGACACCCCAGGAAGGAGACUCUGGAAAGGGUGCCCCACUUAGCACGGCAAAAGCAUAGGCAGUCGGGAACCAUUUUCCUUAAGUAGACUUCCCUUUGCGCUGAGCGUUUGCUCUGUGCAGUAGACGCUCACAUUUUUGCCCGUAUCAAAAGUUUCUUACCUAGAAUCUCACGCCCCCGCCCCUACUCCCUAACCCCAAGGAUCUAGAGGAAUAUCAUACAAAGUAGGUGAGUCAUUUUGUAGAGUGAAGAGUGCUAACGUAAAGCAGUCACCCACAUUCCUUGUAAAUCCCAAUUUUUCCAUAUUGUAGCUUUGCUUAAAAUGGGGGUCUGCCCCAGUGGCACGGUCCUUAUCGGGCAGGCUGGGGAACCAGCCCCCAGCGGGGACUGGAGGGCAGCGACCCCGGAGACAGUGGAAGCGAAGAAAGGGUGUUGUUGGAAGCUUUGAGAAGCGGAGGGUAUCGGCCAUCCUCCAUCCCUCGCUGGAAUCCCGUGCCCCUCCACGCCGGAGGCCGGUGGGAGAGCGAUCCCAGUCCCAGGCCCUGGUGUCUGCUACAGAGCACUCGGGGAUUGAACCAACUUGCAUUGAGUGGGCGGGGCAGCUGCAUCCCCGUUUUCCGAGCCCGGUCCCCGAAGCUCUUAGCCAAUCACAUAAAGAGAGCGUCUCCAGGCCGUGCCCGUUCCAAAUCUGACCCCACCCAAGCACGUCGAUGAACCGGACCUGGGGUUCUCCAACCGCGACGGGCACCCUGAGCUCCGGGACGCGGGGGAGGGGUGGCAAGUGGUGGGCCAAAGGCAGGGUGGGCUAGCAAGGGAAGCAGCGGGUGGUAUGGGGUGAGGGUGGGGGCGGUCUAAGGCUAUAGAAGAACAAGGAAAGGGGGAACUUGAGGGUGGGGGGAGGGCCCUCGUGCCCUGUCACCAUCCUAGGACCUUGGACAAAUCACCCACACUCCCGGGGCCUCAGUUUCCCCAUCUGUAAAAUGAUGGUAAUAAUACUUCACCUACCUCAUAGGGGAGGUUGUAAGGCCGCUGUCACCUGACCUGGGGGUGGAGGCAGGAGGAUUCUGAAGGUGCUACCCGUGAGUAAAGUAUUAUUACCGUAGCCCGAAGGCAAGGCCCGCCUUCCCCGCCCCCCACAGAGCCUCCAGGGAUAGCUGAGGCCUGCCUGGGCCCAUCUAUCUCUUCUCCACUGUGUCCCCGGUCCCUUCAUGAGCGGUCAUCUGCCAUCUUCGUGGGCGCCCUAGACUUAAUCAUUAUCUUAUUCAGGUAUCCUUUCUUGUGACCAUCUCCCCACGUAACUGCUGUACAAAUUCCACCUGCUCCAGGACCCCGUACCUGCCCACCGGCGCCAGACGCCAGGGAAGGGACAAGGAAAACAGCCACAAAAAAAACCAAGGGAAGCCCCCAGAAUCCCCAGCCCCUCUGGGGUCCCAGGGGUGGGGAUUGGUGGUCGCUGUUUGUAUUGUGUUUGAGUCCUUGAGUGCAAGCGUUUUAUAAAAACAACAACAACAACAAAAACCCACUAUCACAAAAAAAUUUGCAGCGAAGAGAAAUGAAGGAAAACCGAAGAAAAAAAAGGAAAAAAAGAAUCAUACAAAAUUUUUCCACCACACGCACCCUCUAAGCCAGCAAGAUUUCCUCUUUGCAAAAUCAUAUUUUUGUGGGAAUGGGCCCUGCUUUUUGUGGCAAGGCCUGUUCUGAUUAAUAAAGGAUCGUGAAAAAGUAGGGCCUUGGCUGUUUCCUCCGUGGGUCCUAGCUCUCCCUCUCCUCCCAGGGGAAGAAGCAGUGGGGUGAGGGGAUGGGGAGCCUGGGGCUGCAUCUCCCCUCACCUGUCACCUUUGGGAUUUGGCUUCACGGGUGAUGAGGCCCUUCCAGCCCAUCCUCAGGUUGAGCAUAUGAGCCCACCAGCUACCCAGAAAGCAGAGGAGCAGCUAUACCCCCUGGAUCAGGCCUAAAGCAAGGCUUAUUGGGAGUGGAGUCUACUCGGGGCCUGAGGGGUGCCCCUCUAGCUCACCCAGCCCGACAUCCCCUUCCUCAGUUCCCAGGGGAACCACCCUCCAAGGCAGGUCAGACAAACCAAAGGGAGACCCUCCACCUUCCCCACCACCACCUGAACUCUGGCUGGGCCACUGUUGUUUCAGGCCAGCACGUCCUCCUCCUUCUGUUCCCUGCAAAGCUCUGGGUCUGUUGGCUGGACCUGCAGCUUCUCUCCAUUCUUUUCUGGUUUCAUCCUUUAGGAUUGUUAAAAGUCUCUCCAACUCAAAAGCACCCAAGGCCAGUCCUAGCCUGAGGACCUGGGAAGCUGGGCCCCAGUGUCUUCCUUCUCCAGACACAGUGGCCCCGGGCAAGCUAGUUCCUUCCUCCUGGUGUCAGUUCCCUCCGUCCACAGAAGAGCAAUAACCAUCCCAGCCCUUUCCCCUUCCCUCCCACACACAGCCCAGGAGAAGCUGAGGCCUGGCAGCUCUCAGGGUGCUUCAGAAGGAAGGUGCUACAUCUGUUACAGGCACACAAGAAAUGAGUGCCCUCUGUUGUCGUGUGUCCCCUGCCCACUCCGAGUGAAGGGGCCACCGUGCCUCCUGCACUAAGUACCCCCACCUGGAGCUGCCCGUUUUCUCCCCUUCUGCCCCAUGAAUUUCCGACAGCUUGGUUUAAAUGUCCCGUUAAAAGGUUCUGAUCUCUGGCUCAGAGAUUGGAGGGAGCCCUAGGGUCUGGGAGGUAGCCUCACGAGCACUCCUUGCCAGGACUUCUGUUCAGGCUCGCUCUGGAAAAACUAGGCUUGAAAGCAGGACAGCUUGGCCUGGCAGAGGUGGCAGCCCCAUGCCAUGGGCUCCAGGCCUCCUCCUGGCCUUUUUUGCCUUCUCCUGCCUCCACUUCGGGGGGUCUCUCUUCAUCCAUGCCUGCAGAGACUCCCCAUCCCUCCCUGUGGCUGGGACCAGUGCCCUCUGGUGUUCUUUCUCCUGCAAGUCCCUCCUGGAUUCCGCUGCUUUCUGGAAGGCCUUCUCAGGCCACGUCCUGCUCUCCUCUCCCUCCCCAACAAAGACAACCAGAAGGACAACGCUUGAACACGCCCCAUAUGCCCCAGCCCGUGUCUCCCCAACCAUCUGUGUCCCUUGAAGAUGCCCCGCUCUCUGUGUCUGUGUCCUGUGUGUAUGUGUGGUGUCACCUUUAGAUUGUGAGCCCCCCUGGGCAGAGAUCCCUGUCUGAAUACAUGUUCUGGGCAGCGCA